GGAUGGGGCAGCUCCCGGAUGGCGUGUGGCGCAGCGCGAGAAGGGAAAAGUGUCACGGCCGCUCUGGAACUUCUGCCCAGCGCGCCUCGUAAAAUGAAUGAAAGUAAACCUGGAGGCUCACAGAAUCCCACGUGUGUUUUCUGUCGAAAAAAUGAUGACUGUCCUAUUAAAUAUGGAGAAAAGAAAACUAAUGAGAAAUGGAAUCUCACUGUACAUUACUAUUGUUUGUUGAUGUCAAGUGGAAUUUGGCAGAGGGGUAAAGAAGAAGAAGGAGUUUAUGGUUUUCUAAUAGAAGAUAUCAGGAAAGAAGUGACUAGGGCUUCGAAACUGAAAUGCUGUAUUUGCAAGAAAACCGGUGCUUCAAUUGGAUGUGUCGCACCCCGAUGUAAACGAAGUUAUCAUUUCCCAUGCGGACUUCAGAGAGAAUGUAUUUUCCAGUUCACUGGCAAUUUUGCGUCAUUUUGUUGGAACCAUCGACCUGUUCAGAUAAUUACAUCUAAUAAUUAUAGAGACUCCUUACCAUGCACCAUUUGCUUGGAAUUUAUUGAGCCUAUUCCAACUUACAGCAUAUUACGAAGUCCUUGUUGUAAGAAUGCUUGGUUCCAUAGAGACUGUUUACAGGUUCAAGCAGUAAAUGCAGGAGUGUUUUUCUUCAGGUGCACAAUAUGCAAUAAUAGUGAUAUAUUUCAGAAAGAGAUGUUGAGAAUGGGAAUUCAUAUUCCUGAAAAAGAUGCAUCUUGGGAAUUAGAGGAAAAUGCUUAUCAAGAGCUUCUGCAGCACUAUGAGCAUUGUGAUGUCCGACGAUGUCGUUGCAAAGAAGGGCGAGACUAUAAUGUGCCUGACAGCAAAUGGGAAAUAAAGCGCUGUCAGUGUUGUGGUUCUCGCGGAACACAUUUAGCCUGUUCCUCACUACAAUCAUGGGAACAAAAUUGGGAAUGUUUGGAAUGUAGAGGUAUUCUUUACAAUUCAGGCGAUUUCCAAAAAGCCAAAAAACACACAUUACCCAACACUAAUGUGGGAAUAACUGAUUGUUUGUUGGAGGAAUCCUCACCUAAAUUACCCAGACAGUCUCCUGGAGCCCAGCGUAAAGAUCUGCUGAGGCAAGGCAGCAAAUUUAGAAGAGAUAUUUCGACUCUAAUAAUAGAGCUAGGAUUCCAAAUUAAAAAAAAAACUAAAAGAUUAUUUAUCAACAAAGCCAAUAUCUGGAAUAGUGCCUUAGAUGGAUUCAGAAAUCAAAACUUUAAUCCUUCAUAUACAAUUGAAAUAGCAUAUGUUAAUGAAAAUGAUCAUUUUGGAAAAGAGCAGCCUGGAUCAAAGCAAGAAUUCCUAAGUCUCUUAAUGCAGCAACUUGAGAACUCACCAUUGUUUGAAGGGUCCUUGUCAAAGAACUUGUCUCUCAAUUCUCAAGCUCUGAAAGAGAAUCUUUACUAUGAAGCUGGCAAAAUACUUGCCAUUUCUUUGGUUCAUGGUGGUCCUUCACCUGGUUUCUUUUCUAAAACCUUAUUUAACUGCCUUGUUUAUGGACCAGAAAGUACCCAACCAAUUUUAGACGACGUCUCAGACUUUGAUGUGGCACAGAUUAUAAUCAGGAUAAAUACUGCAGCAACUAUGACUGACUUAAACUCUUUAAUAAAUGAAUAUUAUAACUACCUAGAGCUUAUUGGAUGCCUAAGACUUAUAACAUCAUUAAGUGAUAAAUAUAUGUUGGCAAAAGACAUACUUGUUUAUCAUGUAAUUAAGAGAGUCCAAGCACCUUUUGAAAGUUUUAAACAGGGUCUGAAAACUCUUGGCGUUUUGGAGAAAAUUCAGACUUAUCCAGAAGCAUUUUGUAACAUCUUCUGUCAUAAACCUGAGAAUCUUUCCACAAAAAUUCUUAGUGAUCUUUUUACAGUACACACAUUAUCUGACGUACAGGCUUUGGGGUUUUGGAACAGUUACUUACAGGCUGUUGAGGAUGGUAAAUCUACAGUAACAAUGGAAGACAUUCUUAUUUUUGCUACUGGUUGCAGUUCCAUUCCACCUGCUGGAUUUAAACCCACUCCAUCAAUUGAGUGCCUUCAUAUGGAUUUUCCUGUUGGAAACAAGUGUAAUAACUGCUUAGCUCUUCCUAUCACCAGUACAUAUGAAGAAUUUCAAGAAAAUAUGGACUUUGCCAUAAAAAACACUCUAAGCUUAGAAAAGGAAGAAAAUUCUCACUUCAUUGGACAUUAACUGUUUUGAACAAAGAGAUGCUUCUUUAAA